AUGGCCCAGACGAUUGGAUUUGUCGGUGUUGGGGCCAUGGGGAAGGAGAUGGUGAUCAACCUGGCCAAGAAGACACCAGAAGGAAUCAAGCUGUACAUUCACGACGUGAACGAGGCGGCCGUGCAGGAGCUCGUCGCCAGCUUCCCGGAGCGUAUCUCUGCAAAGGCCUCUGCAAAGGACGUUGCGCAAUCCUCGGAGAUCAUCUUCACAAUGCUGCCCGAGGGCCGUCACGUGCGCGCCGUGUACCUGGACGGGCCGACGAGCAUCCUCCGCGCGGACCUGGCCGGCAAGAUCCUGCUGGAGUGCUCGACCAUUGACACGGCGACGAGCCUCGACGUGCUGGCGGCGCUGCGCGCGGCCCAUCCGACGGCGGCCUUUUACGACGCGCCCGUGAGCGGCGGCGUGCUGGGCGCGCGAAACGCGACGCUGGGCAUCUUUGUGGGUGCGUCCGACGGCGGCGACGACCCGCACUGGGCCACGCUGCGCGCGCUGCUGGGCCUGCUCGGCCGCAGCGUGAUUGCGUGCGGCGGGCCGUCGCUGGGGCUGGUCGCCAAGCUGAGCAACAACUACCUGUCCGGCACCAUUGCCAUUGCGACGGCCGAGGCCAUGAACAUGGGCAUGCGCGCCGGCUGCAACGCGCGUGUGCUGGCCCGCGUCAUCCACGCCGGCUCCGGCCAGAACCACAUUGCCGACAAGUUCAACCCGGUGCCCGGCAUCAGCCCGGACGCGCCGGCCAGCCACGGCUACCACGGCGGCUUCAAGGUCGAGCUGAUGAAAAAGGAUAUGGGCCUGGCCGUCGAUAUGGCGAAGCGCGUCGGCGCCCAGAUGGUGCUCGGCGACGCCAGCAUGCGCACGUACGCCGCGACGAGCGCCGACCCCAGGUGCCAGAGCCUCGACUCGCGCGUUGUCUACCGGUUCAUUGGCGGCAAGGAGGACUGGGAGUAG